GCAAGCUCUAUACGUGCUGUUCGGCUUUUAUCUUUGGAAUAAUAUAACUAUUAAGUACAUGGCCACCAUCCCGUCCGCAACCUUCGCAGCCACAAGUCCUCCGUGCAGCCCAGAAGGGGGCCGAGGAGCCUGGAACUUCUCUGUCCCUCUUACUGGAGAGUGCCAUGCAGGAACAAUCUUUUGAAGAAACGCAACAUACCGCUAUCAACCCCCAAAGAGGUUCCGCGAACAGCAAUCUAAUACGACCAGCACAACGCAGAAAGAAUACUACAGAAUCUCAAAACUCCGGGAAGUCUCUUACACGACAGGAAUCAGGGCAUUUUCGACAAGUGCGAGCCAACCAGCUCUCCAGAAAACAGAGCGAUCUGAGCGUUAAUGCGAACGGACCCGACGGCUUGAGCGACCUCUUCAAGGAAUCAGGCCACACCCGUAAUGGUACACACAGUGCAAUGGGAGAGAAGCGAAAGUUGACCACUAACGGUGCUCAUGGCACAAUAAAGCCAACGGAAGACUCGAAAUGGAUCCACAGGGACAAGCUUGCGCAGAUAGAGAGCAAGGAAUUGGAGGAGGCAGGAUUCAGAGUACCUCGACAAAUGAGCAGAUCAGACUCUCGUACACAAUCUCGCGCGCGCUCUCGAGGACAAUCAACUGAACGUAGGGAACGCAGUCAAAGUCGAAAUCGUAGAACAACAGAAGAGUAUAACAUUGAAGAAUCGCUACCUCCCGCAAAUACAUUACAUAGUCGGUAUUCUAGCAAGGAUCUAAAGGAGAGUCAAAGGUACAAAGCGCCGACACCAAUUCAGCCCUUGCGGCAAGAGGAGGAGAUAUUGGAAACGGAACCAGAGCAUGACGACCCUGCAGCAUGGGACCUGAGGACACCGGCAGAAAUUGCGGCUGACCGAGAACGUGCAAGAUCAGGGUCCCGGCCUGGAGGUUCCAGACUACCACUUGCCAUGGAUAGCCCCAUUCCCGUCCCUAACAUCGUAGUAGAGAGAGACUCGCCUUUGACUAGAAGUAGACAAGGCAGCUCAGCAGCAAACCGGUCCAUCCUUGAACCGGCGAUCGUGUUCAACCGAAACGGCCGGAGUGGUAGUGUUGGUAGCGAAGUUCUGCUCGAUGAGGCUGAGACUCCUCAAAAUCCUUCGUUCAAGCAAGCUACUCCUAGUCCACCUCAAACGUCGCCUUCGAAAGCCAAGUCCCCGACUAAGAUCAAUGCAACUGGCAAGAAGAAAGACCGUACCACUUCCGGAACAAAACCACGGCAAAGUUCAUCAAAUACGAAACGGCCUGGCACCUCGGAGGGUCUACAGCGACCACAAACCGGCCACAGACCGAAUCGACCCGAAGGUGAAGCGCCCUGGAUUGCCACGAUGUACAAACCUGACCCAAGUCUACCUCCGGACCAGCAAAUCAUCCCCACCCAUGCUAGAAGAAUGGCACAACAGCAGUGGGAACAAGAGGGCAAGACCGGUUCAAUUUAUGACACCAAUUUCGGACUGCUCAAUACGGAGGAGUUCAACAGGCCAGCUACGAGGACACCCCCAGAGGAAGAGAAGAAGCAAGAGGAGGGUCAACAAUGGCCAAUCAUACAACCUGCAAGCCCGAAACCGGAAUCUAUACGUCCUGGGGGAGGCUACAAGACUAUACCCACUAUCUCCAGUCCACAGACACCCGCCCGAUCCACGCCAACACCAAAUCCCCGACCUGUCGAUUCGAUCAGAAUGGAAGACCCCGGUGAAGAUGAAAAACCACAAAAGAAGGGCUGUUGCUGUAUUAUUAUGUAGCUCUUUAUUUGACAGAGCUGUGCGUUCAAGAUUUCACUUUCUUAUACCCUUUCGUUCUCAAACCAGUAGCGAGCGCGUCAU